UCCAUCAGUUGUUUAAGGAACACAUUGUGCCGAAUCAGUCAUAAUGAAUGUUAAACCAUAAACCGAAAGCAAGGCAGAUGACUUGACACAGACGGAGCCUCUCUAGGAUUUCGCAGCACCAGACCAAACCAAAGAAAAAGCAGGGAGUGAGUUUAAGUGGAAGUGAAACUAACAGCAAGAGAUCUGCUCCAUAUGGCGACCAACAAGAGCAAGACAAGUCUCCGAGAAGAUCUGACAUGUGCCAUCUGCUUUGAGCUUUUCAAGGACCCAGUAAUGCUGGGCUGCAUGCAUCACUUCUGCAGGAGAUGCAUUGUGUCCUACUGGAAGAGUGUCAGGAGUCCUGUGACCUGCCCUCAGUGCAGACAAGAGUUUCCAAACAAAUGCUGCUUUCAGACCAACUAUUUAGUAGCCAAUCUGGUGGAGAAAGUCAGGGCCAGCUCCUCGCCUGCAUCGGUUAAGUAUCUGGAGAAGCAAUUAAACGACUGUCUGGAAUCACAGUGCUCUAUGAAAGAUGCCUACAUCAGUAUGAUCCGCAAAGACAAAGACAAGAUGGAGAAAAUAAAAAAAACAUCAGCAGAGCUGCAGGGCCGAGUGCACAACGACUUCCAGGCUCUGCAUCACUUCCUGCGGGUGGAGGAGGAAGCCAUGAUGGAGGAGCUGAAGAGGGAGCAGGAGGAAAUGCUGCAGGGUCUGGAGCGACAUCUGGAGGCCCUACAGGUGGCCAUCAGAGACGUGGAGAAGAACAUCAACAUACUACGACAGACCGCCAGCAGCACAGACCAAUCUGUACUUGUAGAGCUUCCAAAGUUAAAUUCCAGAUCACCUCUGCAAGAGCUGAAUAUCAACCUGAAUUCCUUCCGAAGCAAAAGCAUUGCUCCUCUUCAGUACAUUGUGUGGCGAAAAAUGUUUCAACAUUUGAAUCCAGGCCCGUCUCCAUUGAUAUUUGAUGAGGACACAGCUCAUCCCAGCCUACAGCUUUCCAGGAACAAAACCCAAGUGAUUGAGAGCAACCAAAUGACUAGUUACCUGUGCGAUACAAAACGCUUCCUCCAAUGCGUCAACAUUCUUGCAACAGAGGGCUUCCAGUCAGGCAGUAAUUACUGGGAGGUGGAUGUUAGUAACAAUCCUAAAUGGGACCUGGGUGUCGCUCUGGAAUCUGUGAAUCGUCAGGUCAGAGUCAAACUGUGUCCUGAUAACGGCUACUGGACCCUUCGGCUGCGUGACGCCAACAAGUACUCGGCUGGCACUCAGCCCUGGACGCCGCUGACCGUGAUGACCUCACCUCGCAGGAUUGGCAUUUUCCUGGAUUGCGAGGAAAGUAAAGUGUCCUUUUAUAAUGCAGAUACCAUGACACUGCUGUAUUCUUUCUCCAGUGGGCCGAGAGGAAAAGUCUUCCCUUUUUUCAGCACAUGCGUCAGUGAACACGGCCAAAAAGCCCAAGCCAUCCGCAUCCUCCACUUCCCUUUUGAGUGACAAUCUGACAAGUAAAAAGCCAUCUCUCUCUCUCUCUCUCUCUCUCUCUCUCUCUCUCUCUCUCUCUCUCUCUC